UUGAGCAAGAUAGGUUGCAUAAAAACUGCAGUCCCUGCUGCUUAGACGCAGUGCAAUGAUUUCACUCACAGCACAAAUAUUAUUUUCCACAGUGAGUCGGAAAAGAAAUUAACAAUAUUUUGAAAUUAUUUCUGUGUAAAGGUAGUAAAAAACAGCUUUAUCGGUAUCAAAUCACCAUUACUCAGUGUUGAAGUCAUGGUUCACGGGAAGAAGUUGGCCAAGGAGAGGCUGCUGCCUUCUGUGCUUGAAGACGAUGACGCAGAAACAGAAAGUGAGAAGCUGCAGCUGGGGGAGCAAAGUAUGAGCGGGACAAAGGUUGACAUAUGUGGGGAAAAGGAUCAGCACUCACGCCCGGACAGGAACAUGCUAGACAGAGAUGAAGGGGAGAGUGAAGAGGAAGAAGAACAGGAGGAAGACAAUGAACAAGAGGAGUUGGGAGGAGAGGAGUGUGUGAUCUCUGAUGAAGACUACUACACAGAUUUGGAGCUCACAGAUAAGGACGAUGAAUAUGACCCAACGGGGCAGACCUGCUACAUGGAGGCCUGUGAAAAGUUACAGGUGGUGCCUUCCUCUUACUUUCUGAGGCAAAUACAGAACACAGAGCUGUCCAUGAUGCAUCGUGGUCUGGGCCCUCAGGGCACCAAAGCACUGGCGGUUCCCCUGGUAACCAACACUUCAAUACUGAGACUGAACCUGCGAGAUAAUUGGAUGGAAGGAAUGGGCGGAGCUGCCAUAGCUGAGAUGUUAAAGGAAAAUUGUUACAUCACAGAGGUGGAUCUGUCCGACAACAAUCUUGGGGAUUAUGGGGCCAAAGCCAUAGCUGGUAUGCUUAUGGAGAGUAGCACCCUGGUAAAUCUCAAUCUGUCUGGAAACCAUUUCACAGACCAGUCUGCUGAGCACCUUGGCCCAGCACUGAUUGCCAACACCAAGUUAAAGCACCUCGACCUCAGCCACAACGCUCUGGGAGAACAUGCAGGGCAAAACCUGGGAGACUCUCUGUCAGAGAACACAGGGUUGAGAUCACUAAGUUUGGCCUGGAACUGCAUUCGAGGGAGAGGAGCUGUGAUGUUGGCCAAUGGCCUCGGGGGAAACAUUUUCCUCAGAACUGUGGAUCUGUCAUUUAAUGGCUUUGGUAAAGAAGGAGCCAUUGCUUUAGGACAGGUUCUGAAAGAGAACACUGUUCUGGAAGAGCUGAAUGUGAGUGACAACCGCAUACCCCCUGAAGGAGCUAUUCGUCUAGCCAUGGGUCUCAAAGUAAACAAGACAAUCAAAUUCCUGAAUAUGGGAAGGAACCCCAUCCAGAAUGCUGGGUGUUAUGGAAUCCUAAAGGCUGUGCAGGAAAACCCAGAAUCAGCUAUGGAAGCAUUAGGCUUUUCGGACAUCACAGUGAAUCAGGAUUUUGAAGACUUGUAUACAGCAGUGAAAGAAAUUUUCCCUGUGCUUACAGUAAAUCACGGAGGAAGAAUUGGCACAUUGAGAAAAGCAAAAGCUUGAAAAGUGUUUUCUUAUAAAUUGUGCAAGAAACUGUAAUUGCUGUACUUUUAUGCCAGAAAAUAUGUAAAGAGUCUCGCCAAGGCUCUGUGGACGUUUUCAACGGCAGAUGAACCAAAGGAAGGAUGCGUGCAAGUACAUUAUCAUUAAAAGAUGUCUUUUGUAAGAACCAUGAGAGAUUAUUCCUCUGAAUGAAAUGUAUUUAUGGAUCAAAUAAAACACAUUAAAUACCCAAUCAAUUGUAAAUGAAGAUGAUUCAGGAAUAGUUUCUUCAUUUUCCAAAAGAAACAGUACGUACACUGCAUGUGUGCAUGCUUGAAAUAAUGUGUUGUUAAAGUAAUUGAGCACAGGCAUACAAUACACGCAUUGAGUGAUUCUUUUUAGGUAUGAUCUGAUUUGAUGUUAUAUAAUGUCAGUGGGUAGAAUGAUGGAGAGGAUCAGAGAGCACCGCAUUGUGUAUGAAAAGAAGUGAAAGUGGGUUGCACAAAAAGGAUUUAAGUACUGCAUGACUAGUCAAACAGAGAAACCAGCUUUGGAAGAACAGUUUGCUAUUAGAUAAGAGACCUGUUUACUGCAGCAGGAUAACUCAGACAGUAUUAGAUACAGUAAGGUGUUAUUUGGAGACAUGCAUCUCUCUUACAUCCCCCCUGAAUGUUCUCCAAGUCGUUUCUCCAAGUCAUUUUAUUUUGUAUUAUUCAUGAAAACUCCAAAAACAUGUUGUACUACUUCUUAAAUAUAUUUCUACAAUGUCAUACCUC